AUGGAUACUAUAAAAGUCAUGGGAGACUUUGUGAGAGAAAGAUCGCCGUUUUCACUAGACACAUGGUUCGGACGGCCCAAGAAGGCAGGUGCGGGGCUCGAGCGCGGCUACGACACCAUGCCGCGGGCCGAGCCCCGCACAGACGAGGACGAGCCGGCGGCGGAGUACACGAGCAAGAUAGAUGCCCUCGAUGAUGAUCAACUGGAGAGGCGGUUUGAAGAGAUGUUGACUGAUAUGAAUAUAGGAGAAAAGAAAAAAGAACCUCUAAGAAAAUAUUCGCGGGACCAAAAGAAGAAGAUGUUAGUAGCUUAUAAGUUUGUCAAUGCUCAGGAAGGUCGCUCAAAAUUCGAAAAGCCAUCAGAUUACGUGUCAUAUUUAAAUCAACCAGAACUUUCGGUUGGCAAAUUGCACGGCUGUUUGGAGAAUCUUCGUAUUUCCUUAACAAAUAAUCCCCUUUCUUGGAUUGAGGAGUUUGGAUCUAAAGGCAUUGAGAGUUUGCUAUCUACCCUCAAUGUGUGUUAUACAAACGACUCCCGGUACGAUAGAGUGCAAUACGAAUGUAUACGAUGUUUGUCCGCCAUCUUGAAUAACACCGUCGGUAUCCGAGCCGUGUUCGAGUGUAGGGAGGCAUUGCCUGUGCUGGCGAGGAGUCUGGAUUCUAGGAAACCUCAUUGUGCUUUAGAAGCUGCUAAGGUUCUCGCUGCAAUAUGUCUCAUUCCAAACGGCCACGAGAAGGUUCUAGAAGCUAUCACAAUGGCAGGUGAAUCUAAUCGAAAACCAAGAUUGCUGCCAAUCGUAGAGGGUUUGGAGGCCAAAGCCCCAGAAAGUUUAAAGAACGGAUGCAUGCAACUGAUGAAUGCAAUCAUAACGGAACCCGAAGAAUUGGAAUUUAGAAUGCAUCUGCGAAGCGAAUUCAUGAGGACUGGGCUUUAUGAUCUGAUAGACGAAUUACGCGCAGGCGCAGAAGAAGGUGGUCGUUUAAUACAAAUGAAUGUGUUCGACACACACGCGGCCGCCGACCAGGAAGAGUUCUUGGCGAAGUUUGAUGAUGUCAGAGUGGAUUUCCAUGACGUGAACGAGUGUUUUGAGUUAGUGAAGAAUCUAGUAUUAGAGACCCCGGCGGAGCCAUACUUACUGUCGAUAUUACAGCAUUUGUUAUUUAUAAGGGACGAUGAAUUGAUUAGGCCAGCUUACUACAAACUUAUAGAAGAGUGUAUAACACAAAUAGUCUUGCACAAAAAUGGCUACGAUCCCGAUUUUAGACUCACACAGCGCUUCAAUAUUGAUGUUCAACCGCUGAUUGAUGGGUUGAUAGAAAAAUCAAGAGCAGAAGAAGAAAGGAAAGUGGAUGAAUUAAAGACUAAGUUAGAAGCAGCCAUUGCGGCGCGGCAAGAGGCAGAGGCUCGCGCUGCGCACCUAGAAGAUAGAUUGAAACAGGCAAGCGCGCCGUCCGGCCCCGGCGGGGUCACGCAGGGGAAUAUAGCGGCUAUUGCUAAGGUGAUUGGCAGCCCUGGAGGACCUCCCCCACCGCCACCCCCACCAAUGCCAGGAGGAGGGCCGCCGCCACCGCCUCCGCCGCCUAUGCCCACGGCAGGUGGUGGACCACCCCCACCCCCUCCUCCCCCAUUCCCAGGAGCAGGAGGUGCACCCCCACCACCUCCCAUGCCGGGAAUGGGAGGUCCACCCCCACCACCUCCCAUGAUGGGAAUGGGACCAAGACCUCCACCGCCACCAGGAUUCAUGGCACCAAGGAUGCCCCAACCAGACAUAUUACCUUAUGGUUUGAAACCGAAAAAGAAAUGGGAAGUGGAAGGUCCUCUCAAGAGGGCUAACUGGAAGACGAUUGUGCCACAGAAAAUGUCAGAAAAAGCCUUUUGGGUUAAGGUGCAAGAAGAUAAGCUCGCAUCGCCAGACAUUCUCAGCGGUUUGGCGUUGAGGUUCUCUAGCAAGCCGAUGGCUAAGAAAAAAAAUGAAGAUACCUUGGACAAGGUCCACACGUUGAAGAAGGCGAAAGACCUGAAGGUGCUGGACAGCAAGGCUGCCCAGAACCUCUCCAUCCUCCUCGGGGGCUCGCUCAAGCACAUGUCGUACGAGCACAUACGCACGUGCAUACUCCGCUGCGACACCACUGUACUCACUGCUAAUGUACUCGACUUGCUUAUACAGUACUUGCCACCGGCGGAUCAAAUGAAGAAAUUGUCAGAAUUGAAGUGUAAAAGUGAAGAUUUAACUGAGGCGGAACAGUUUGCGGCGACGGUCGCCGACAUCAAGAGAUUGGUACCUAGGUUGAGAAGUUUGGCGUUUAGGGAGCAUUAUAGUGAGAUUAUAUCAGAGUUGAAACCUGACAUAGUGUCUGGUACGGCGGCAUGUGAAGAAGUAAAGUCGAGUAAGAAGUUCGCCAAAAUACUUGAGCUCUUGCUUCUAUUGGGAAAUUAUAUGAACACGGGUUCUAAUAACGCUGGUGCAUACGGCUUUGAAAUUAGCUUCUUAACUAAGUUAACAGCAACGAAAGAUCUGGAAAACAAACAAACAUUACUACACUACUUAGUAGAUACUAUAGAGAGUAAAUUCCCCGAUGUAUUGAAUUUCGCUGAAGAAAUGCCACAUAUAGACAGAGCGGCGAGAGUGUCUUUGGAAAACUUACAAAAAUCUCUAAAGAAAAUGGAGAACGACAUUCGAGCGUUAGAAACGGAUCUAAAUAACGCAAGAGUGCCGCAGAGUCCCGAUGAUUUGUUCAAUGAAAGUAUGAGUGCUUUCGCAAAAGAUGCGAGGGAGCAAUGCGAUCUGCUACACUCGAUGUUCCGCAAGAUGGAAGCUUUGUAUGGUGAACUAGCCGAGUACUACGUGUUCGAUCCCCACAAAUACACGUUGGAAGAAUUCUUCUCAGAUAUAAAGACUUUUAAGGAUUCUUUUGCGACCGCCCACCAAGAGAACGUGUUGGUGCGAGAGACGGAGGAGCGGGCGCGGCGCGCGCGCGACGCCCGCGCGCAGGCCGAGCGCGAGCGCCGCGACCGCCAGCACCGGUACAAGCAGUUCGUGGACAUGGAGCAGGCGCAGGACGGCGUCAUGGACAGUUUAAUGGAGGCAUUACAAAGCGGUUCUGCAUUCAGUCGAGAGCGCCCGAGAAAGAAAGCCAACCCUAGAGUGGCUGGAGCUGAACGAAGAGCACAGCUGAACAGAUCCCGAUCCCGGUCAGGAUUGACCGGUUCGAUGACGACUCGGGAACUUACAAACGAGUUGCUAAGUAACGCG